AUGGCUGUUCAAACCACAGCCUUGGCUAUCAUUCUUCUGGUUGUGAUUCCGGUCUACCUGGUGUACAAGCCACCCAAAUUUACUAUUGGAUACUUCCAGAGCCGCUUCCCGGACGUUCUUUUCCAGGUAGAUACGCAGCGCAAGAUUGUCGCGCUCACCAUUGACGACGCGCCGAGUCCAUAUACAGGACAGAUUCUUGAUAUCCUGAGGAAGAAUGAUGCCACUGCAACGUUCUUUGUUAUAGGGAACCAGGUUCCGCAUCGUGAAGAGCUUCUGGUUGAUAUAGUAGCCGCCGGCAAUGAGCUUGGCAAUCAUGCAAUGCACGAUGAGCCAAGUAUUUCGUUGACAAGCGAAGUCCUGGCGGAGCAGAUCAACAAAGUUGAUGUCUAUAUCGACCGUGCCUAUAAGGAUGCCCACAAGGAGCGCCAUUCUCAUCUAUUCAGGCCUGGAUCUGGUAUAUUCAGUCAGCGAAUUCUGGAUGUCACAACCAAGGCUGGCUACAAGACGAUUCUGGGAAGCAUCUAUCCUCAUGAUCCAUUCAUCAGCGUCUGGAGGCUGAAUGCAUGGCAUGUCUUGAGUAUGUUGAGGCCUGGUGCUGUCAUCAUCUGCCAUGAUCGACGGUCAUGGACGGUACCCAUGCUGGAGAAGACCGUUCCCGAGAUGAAGAGAAGAGGUUACGAGGUCGUGUCUGUCUCGGAAUUCCUGCAAAUGACAAGCCCUUGA